GACUUUCAGAAUGACAUUUAGAGCUAAAAUUUCUUAAUCAAAGUGAUAGCCGAAUUAAUUUAAUAAUUUGUGUUCGGAAUAAGUGUUAAUUUAAUAUCGUAGUAGUGUUUUAAACUUAAAAGUCUAUCUCAAAUUAUGAAUGUGACAUAUAUUUAUUAGAAUAUUAUCGAAUUCUAAAAGAAAAAUAUUUUUUUCUCAAACUACGUAUUGAAAAAAGUCAAGAAAAAUGCGUUCACGUUCGAAUUCGGGAGUACGACUGGAUUACUACCAGAGAGUAGUCCAUCGGCUCAUAAUGGCACAUCAACAGCCUGUUACAGGACUUUUUCCAGCAAGUCCUGCUAACCAUCAUGCAUGGAUUCGUGACAAUGUUUAUUGCAUUUUGGCAGUUUGGGGUCUUUCAAUGGCCUAUAAGAAAAUAGCCGAUCAGGAUGAAGAUCGUGCAAAGGCUUAUGAGCUUGAACAAAGUUGCGUGAAACUAAUGCGUGGUCUUCUUAUGUCGAUGUUGAGACAGAAAGAAAAGGUUGAACGUUUCAAAAUAACUCAAAAUCCUUUGGAUUCAUUGCAUGCAAAAUACUCCAGCAAAAAUGGUCAAGCAGUUGUCCGUGAUGAAGAAUGGGGGCAUUUGCAAAUCGAUGCAAUUUCCUUGUAUCUUUUGAUCUUAGCACAAAUGACAGCUUCAGGACUGCAAAUUGUUUUCUCACUUGACGAAGUUUCAUUUAUUCAAAAUCUUGUGUUUUAUAUUGAAAGUGCAUAUUGUAUUCCUGAUUAUGGAAUUUGGGAGCGUGGCGAUAAAUCAAAUCAUGGACAACCAGAAUUGAAUGCAAGUUCAAUUGGAAUGGCUAAAGCAGCUCUUGAAGCAAUGAAUGAAUUGGAUCUGUUUGGUGCACGUGGUGGUCCCGCAAGUGUUAUUCAUGUUCUUGCCGAUGAGGCUCAUAAAUGUCAAGCUGUUCUUCAGUCAAUGUUACCGAGAGAAUCCAACAGCAAAGAACUCGACUCCGGUCUUCUUUCAAUCAUUGGCUUCCCAGCUUUUGCUGUUGAUGAUCCUCAACUGAUUGAAGCAACUCGCGAUGCUAUAGUUAACCGACUUCAAGGUCGCUAUGGAUGUAAAAGGUUUUUACGUGAUGGUUAUAGAACACCACGUGAAGAUGUCUCACGUUUAUAUUACGAGCGUUGGGAGUUGAGAAUGUUUGAAAAUAUUGAAUGCGAGUGGCCACUUUUCUUCUGCUAUCUCAUUUUAAAUCAUGCAUUUCAAAACAACAAAGACGCUGUGUCAGUUUAUGCUGAAAAGUUAGAAGAAAUCAUGGUAAAGACCGAAGAAGGAAUGAAACUUGUUCCAGAACUUUACACAGUGCCACAUGAUUCAGUUAGCAACGAAUAUAAAAACCCGGGAUCAAGUCAACGUGAGGCUGUUGGACGCACUCCAUUUUUAUGGGCACAAUCAUUAUACAUAUUGGGAAAAUUAUUGCAAGAAGGUUUUCUUGCUGUUGGCGAGUUGGAUCCAUUAAAUCGACGUCUUGGUGCACAGAAAAAACCUGACGUUGUUGUGCAAGUUGUCAUUAUAGCUGAUGAUAAUGAGAUUCGUGAUAAACUUGCUGAUCAUGGCUUCCAAGUUCAAACUGUUGCUGAAGUCGCACCGAUUGAAGUUCAACCUGCACGUGUAUUGAGUCAUCUUUAUACAUACCUUGGUCGUAACAAAAAACUCGGUCUCACUGGUCGCAAAUCACGUGAUGUUGGCAUUCUGAGUACCAGCAAAUUGUAUUCAUUAAAAGACAGGAUUUUCGCUUUUACACCGCAAAAUUUUGAUUUUGACGAAUACUACACGUCCCGCGAUCCAGACCUCUUAGCUAGCAAUUUCAUGUCGAAUCUUGCGUUUCUUAGUAACAGCUGGAGUCACUUGUUGGGCAGACCAACAAUUUGUUUAUUGGCUACGCACUCGCUCUUAGAUCAGAACAGAAUUCCUUUGGCUAUGGUUCAAACAAUGAAAAAACUAAAGUCAGGAUAUAUUAAUGGCACGCGAGUUAUGUUAGGAAAUUUAUGUGAUUUCCUGAACACGUCAGCAAUCACUGACUUGAGCUUUUUAGGAAGUCAAGAAGAUGGUUAUCCAGAUAAACUUAACCCUGCUGUUCAAACCUAUUUGGAUGAACAUUUGCUGCGUUCGAUCAAUCUUAAGAACACAUUGAUGAUGAAAUCUGGAGCAUUGAGACCGCGUAACUUGCGUCGAAGAAUGUCUGUGAAAGGCGCUAUCAAGAAGACUCGUUCGAUUAAUGUUGAUUCUGAGACAUUGGGAAUGGAAGGUAAUGUAACUGAACGAAGAUUAUCAGUCGUUGUUACACCUUUAUGGUUAGAUUCUAGCAACACCUCUAUUGGCCCGUCGGCUACAGUGGCGCCAGACCGUGAGCUCACUCCACGUCCCGAGUCUAGCGAAGACGAUCUUCCACCAAAUAAAGUGCAGAUUACAUCAGAUGUGCCACGAAUUCAAGUUCAACCUCGUCAUCGUGGUGUUGCUGAAACAUUUGAGAACACUGAAGUUGAAGAGUUGAUUGCGAUGCUUCGGGAAACUGAAAAUCUUGAAGAUCAAGGGGACAUUUUGCAAUAUUUGGUGGAUACGCAAGGACUGGAUUUUAAUACAGAACUGGGCUCAAAUGAUGAUCAAGCUAGUAACAAUUCUAAUUCCACAAAUCAAGGAAUGUUGGAAGGCGGACGUGUUGUUACUGUCCGUGAUCUUCUCAAAGGAUUAUAUGAGAAAGCUUGUCAACAGAAGCUCUGGGGUCUUGUGCGUCACUCAGCCGGCAUGUUGGGCAAGAGGGUUGAAGAUCUAGCCAAAGCGGUGACAGAUUUGUUGGUACGACAAAAGCAGGUCACUGUUGGAAUGCCACCAACAAGUGAAUUUACAAUAACAGCUCCUUUGCCGGAAACUGAACUUCGUCAAGUGAUUCAUGAAGCGUAUGGAGAUGAUGAGAGUACAGCAAUGUUGACACAAGAACUUCUGGUUUAUCUUUCAAUGUUCAUUCGAACAGAACCACAAUUGUUUCACGAAAUGUUGCGUCUUCGUGUUGGUUUGAUUAUUCAAGUCAUGGCAAAGGAAUUGUCGAGAACACUCGCGUGUGAUGGUGAACAGGCGUCUGAACAUUUACUUAAUUUGUCACCCUUUGAAAUGAAAAAUUUGUUAUAUCAUAUUUUGAGUGGAAAAGAAUUCGCUGUCAGCAGCGUUGCUCGAGGAAAUUUCUCAAUUGUCAGUUGCAAGUCGAGUCGUGUAAGUAAAAAGAGUCAAAUCGGAUUAGGCGAUCCCGAUGAAGACACUACAGCUAUGAUUGAUGAUCGACAAGGUCAAUGGCUACGACGAAGACGUCUCGAUGGUGCUUUGAAUCGUGUUCCAAGAGAUUUUUAUCCUCGAGUUUGGACUGUGCUUGAAAGGUGUCAAGGACUUGCAAUUGAAGGUAGAGUCUUACCACAAAGUUUGACUCAGGAAAUGACAUCGAAUGAACUUAAGUUUGCAUUGGAAGUUGAAACAGCACUCAACACAAUUCCACAGCCAGAAUAUCGUCAACUUGUUGUUGAAGCUUUGAUGGUUUUGACAUUAGUCACUGAACAUAAUGUGUCGCAUUCUCUUGGUGGAAUAAUUUACGUUGAACAUUUGGUUCACAAAGCAAAUCAACUCUUCUUGGAAGAUCAACGUGCUGUUUCCGGAGAUGCGACAUUAUGCUGUGCAAAAUCUAAAGAUGGUGGUAAAGAGACUACAGCAACAGGAAACUUAUUAUGUGGUGGAGCAGCUUAUAUUUGUCAACAUCUUUAUGACAGCGCACCUAGUGGAUCAUUUGGAACAAUGACUUACAUCGCAAAAGCAAUUGCAUGUGUCUUCGAAUGUUUACCGAAAAAUGGUGAAGUCGAUUGUUCAAUUCAGUAAAAACGAUUUUUUUUUCACUUAAAAUUAAUAUUUUUGCCAUAUAACGAAGCUAUUGAAAAAAUAUCUUAUUGAUGUCAUCAUUAUUUUAGAUGAUUUUAUUAAAAAAUUUGUUUUCUUUUAGUCUUUUGAUUACAAAUCAAUUUUGUUAUAAUUUUUUUUCGGAAAAUGUUUUUGUUUGCUUUUAAAUAUUUAUUUAACAUGAUUUAGAUCAGUUUUAGUAAAAUAUUGGAAAUUUUUUUAAAUUCAUUUCGAAAUGACACUGAUACUCUUUAUAUUAUAUAAAACAUGAUUCAAAUAGAUUUAAGGUUUUAAACUUUUCUAGCCAUUCAGAUUUCUAAUCUUGGAAUGAAAUUUCUCUUUUUGACUUCGUAAAUUAGACGAUAUUUGAACCAAUGAAAUGUGGAAGAGAAAUGAUGAAUAAAAGUGUAACUAGGUAGAAUGUAUGAAAUGAAGUUAAAAAUAAGAUAAGAAAGGACUAGAAAAUGGAAAUUGAUUUCGAGAAAAUGAAUCCAAUACUUAAUCUUCAUUUGAUCGAAAUAGAAAACUAAAUAUUUACAUAUUCCUUUAAAUAUCCAAAUUAUUCCUCAAAUUUAUUUCUAUUUGAAAACUUCUGAGUUUAUUUUUCAUACGAAUAUAUUUUUACAUAAAUAUUAACUCCAUAAAUUGCAUGACAACAGAGCAUUAAGUUAGCAAAUUCGGUUGAAAGUUUUAAAUCCUAUGAAAAAUGGUUUAACAACAACCACACAAAGACAAAGUUUCUUUCUCAAUGAGGAAGAAUAAUUAAGCGUGUUAAUUUGAAAAUUUUUAUUACUUCAUAAGGGAAUUUUAUGAAAAAUCACAAAGCAAUUGCUUUAUUAUAAUAAAAUGAAAAUAAUACAAAAAAAAAUGUUGGGAAAAAAAUUAUUGAAUAUUUUUUAAUGAUGCUUGGCUCAUAUCGAUUCAUUUUUAUUUUUUUAAUUUCCUGUUGCACUUUUGGUCAUUGAUGUUCGUCAUCAUUUUCAGAAAUAUACUCAAAAAAUUUACGAUUAAGAAUUAACGA